AGACAGCCGCCAUAUUUUAUUAUGAGAGCGCCAUUUUGAGAAAUUCUUCAGGUGACGCCGACGCGACGCUUCGCAACUAUUGUGAAUUUCGAAAAUUACAAGGCGCAUUAAUAAUCUGUUUCAAAUAAAAUGGGCAAGAAAGAUAAAAAAGGCGAUACCACCGACGGAUCCAGUGAGGAGGAGUAUGUUGUCGAGAAAGUUCUCGACAAGCGUACAGUAAAAGGAAAGGUGCAAUAUCUAUUAAAAUGGAAAGGUUACAAGGAAGAAGAGAGUACCUGGGAGCCUGUCGAGAAUCUAGACUGUGAAGAGCUCAUCAAGACCUUUGAAGACAAUAGGAAGGAGAAAGAGGCUAAGAGCAAGAAGCCAGAAGACCGUGGCAAGAAGCGAGUCCGCGAAUCAAGUGAGGAGACGAACUCUGGCCGUAAGGGGCGUGGCACAAGCGUCUCCUCUGCCGAUGAUCAUAAGGAAUCCAAAAGGGAACGCAAGGAGGACAAGGCUAAGUCCGGCUUUGAUAAGGGACUGAAGGCCGAGAAAAUUAUUGGUGCAUCAGAUGCGACUGGCGAGCUGAUGUUCCUUAUCAAAUGGGCUGACUCUGAUGAGGCUGAACUAGUGCCUGCUAAAGUUGCUAAUGUCAAAUGCCCACAGCAGGUGAUAGCAUUCUACGAGGAGAGGCUAACAUGGCACACGCCGGCGGAGUCGGAAUGAUACAGGAGCGCGUGUGGCAUGCCCAGCAUCCGCUACGGCGGGGACUACUUCUAUGUCCGCGCUAUGGAGAUCUACGAGCGACAACGCCACAUUUGAACCCGUCACAGACAGUGUUGCUAGGACAGGACCUUCUAAAUAGUGUUGCCAUACUUCGCAAUUUCUAAUUUGGUAGCUUUGUCGAUGAGAUGUGAUUUUUACGUGGGAUCUUCUCGGGCCGAGAACGUAUUUGAUGUAUUCCUCUAUGAAUGUCUAGUUACUAAGUCCAGUCAUUACAUGGUUCCACUGACCAGUGGUCGCCAUUUUGGCUUCAUCUUAUCAUGUACUUUUACAUCAAUUGCUGUCAUGAUUUUUCCAUAUGAUAAUAUGUCAAAUGUUUAUUAUUUUCAAGAGACAAUCUUGUCCAUAAUUUGCAUAUUAAGGUAAAUGUUUUAACUGGUGGCAGGAAAAACAAAAUGAUGUUUUGAUGUUCUAGCUAAGUCAAAAGAGUGAUCUUGAAGGUCUCCGAGUUAAAGCAUUCACUUUGAUUUGGUUUUAUCUAGUAACGCAUCAAAUACUCUAGAGGGUAGAUCUUUCAUAUAAAUACUGUGCAGUGUCCAUGAAACAGAUAAAAUGUCUGUAAAAUUAGGCUUAGUAAUGUUUUGGAAUUACAAAGCUUGACACGCCAGGAAAAAGAUCUUUUUUAUAUAAUUGUCUAGGUUUUAUCUUUAGGACUUUGUUAUUGAAUAUUGAUUUUUAUGUGAUAUAACUUUUCCACGGGCAAAUGAACUAUACCUAUUAGGAUAGAAAACUAAUGGGAGUAAGCAUGUUAUUGAGAGUAUCAGAAAAUGUUAGAAAUAUAGCCUAAAGCAGUCUUAAUUUGUGAGCACUUGUGGAAAUCAAUAAAUCACAAAAUGACGUUGAUUUCUCGGUGCGAUUACUACUUAUCACAAUCAGUCUGGUUAAUUCAGUCUGGGUAUUAUAAUUACUGUUUUAUAUUAUGAACUUUAAUAAGUGAAGAUUGUUUCAAGUGAUUGAUAGCAUUUCACUUGAAAUAAUCUUCGGAUGGGAGGUAGGUGAGAUAAUACGGAGUAAUGAUUAGUCACCGAUGAGGCAAUGUGAUUUUGUUACAUAAUUUGUAUGUACUUGAAUGAAAAUUCUCAACUGUAUCUUGUCGGUUUAAAAGUGUAUGACAGCGCUUUCACACUAGCAGUUUAGCCGCGCGGUUUGUACG